AUGGGUGAGCCACAAUUGUUAAAAACGGACGACUUGCAUAAUCUGAGAGAAGGUGAAAUAUUCACCGACCAGGAAACCGGCAAGAAAUAUCGAGUGAGAAAGACCGUAUUACCUCAAUAUUCUACUGCAGGACCGUUUGGUCUUGGAGAACCAGAUGAUCGAACAUUACGAAGAAUUGAAGCAGACGUCAUUAUACCGAACAGGAUGAAUGCUGUUAUCGAAAAAGUUGAUUGCAAAGAUCGUUAUAUGGAUUUGGUGACGUGCCUGCGAAACGAUGGUGCUGUUCGUGGACUGCACUCAUGUAAGGAAGUAUUGGCUGUUUUCAACGCUUGUAAAGCUGAGAGAUUCCAAGAUCCAGUAUUUCGUGAACGAAUGACGGAGGAAUACCUCAAUGAACGUUCGGAAGCACGGCGAACGGGCAAAACAGCAAAAGAGCGCAAACUGGAUGAGUACCGUGAAUGGAAGAGGCGUAAUAAUGCAUCGUAA